CUGGGGGCAGGGUCAGACGCUUCCCGCCGCUCAAACGCGGCCGACAGGCCACCCUGCCCCCUGCGCUCCUCUGGACAACCCCCCUCCCGGCAGGGACAGCCGCGGGGUCGGUAUUUCUGAGCCCUGCCUGGGCAUCUCCCUGGAGGUGGCCUCGUCCCCAUCCUCCAGGGCCUAGAGGAACCUGGGGAGGACCGAGGUCCCGACAAUAAUAAUGAAAAAAAUCACCCCGGCUGGCACUUGCUGAACGCCAUGCGUAUCAGUGGGUCUAAACACCUCAUGGAAGGUACGCUUACUUCUUUUAGAGGUGAAGCAACAGACCCAGGAGGUAGAGUGACUUGCCCGGGUGACACAGCUAGCUAGUAAGUGGCAGAUCUGGAACUCGAACCCGUGCUGCAGAGUCCAGAUCUGGAGUCUCAGCCACUUUAGACCACAUGGCUCCGUGGCCUCUCUGCUUGCUGCUAUCCCCAGCCCCCAAGCAUACACAUCUGGCCACACCUGACGGUUUUUGCUUUCCCCCUAAGAGGUCACCAGACAUCAGCCCUACUUUGCCUCCCCUGAGCUGGAAAGGCAAGGUCUGAAUACCAAGGUCCAAAGAAGAGAGUGAUGUCUGUGGGGGACGUAGGGGACCUGGAUGUUGGGGUCCUUUGCCCCCUGGGCCCCUCUGGGAAGCCUGGGCUGAGGCCCUGGGCAGUAGGCGUUCUCCCGGAAACACCCGGGAGCCGGUUUUUCAAGACUGAAUCAGAGGCCUCCCCCUCCCUCCUCCUCUCCAAAGCAAUAUCCUACUGGAAAGGGGAGGCUGGGUGUGGUGUCCCCCCCUCCCCCAGUUUAUGUCAGCCCCCAGGAGCCCCCUCCCCUGCUUCCUGCUGCCCCCACUGCACUUCUGCGUGGUUGUGGCGUUGCUAAGUUUCAGGCCCUUCCCAGGGAGGAGAGGGUGGGAAUGCUGGGACUCCAGCCAAUGUGCUUGGCGCCCAGCUGACGCUCUUUUCCUCCAUCCCUAUGUCAGGUUGAGGGGAGACCGGGAACGUAGGGAGGGGGGUUGGCCGUUAGCAACUCCACGGCAGGCAUGUUCCGAGGAUAGGAGGGCUCAGAGUAGGCGGGAUGAGGGCAUAAGGCACAUCCAUCAUUCUAACCUUACUGAGCACCUACCAUGUGCCAGGCACUGUUGUUGGGAAGAGAACACAAUAGUGGACAAGACAAAACUCCCAGCUCUGUGGAGCUGUCAUUCUCGUGGACACAACCAAGUUAACAAGGAAAUAAAGAUCCUGCAGCCGGGAGAAGUGCUCCGUGCUAUGAAUAAAAGUGCUAUGAAUAAAAAUGAGGGGGUGGCCUUGGUAGAAUGCUGUUGGGCAAGGCGGGGGGUGGGGGGGGGGCUCUUGGAGGAGGGUGACUUCAGAGACAGGGUCUGAAUGACAAAAAAGUAGGCAGCCAGGGGACGAUCGGGCAGGGGGGCAACGGCCAGGGCAAAGGCUCUGAGGCUAGACCGAGCUUGGAAUAGUGUGGCUGGGGCACGGGAUAAGGCCACAGUGGCAGUUCCGCAGGGGUCUGUGGCUCAUAUUAAGGAGCUCAGAGCUUUUCCACCGUGAGGUGGGAACCUGUUGUAAAAUUGGAAGCCGGGUAGUGACGCGAUCUGGUUUAACAUUUAAAAUAGAGACACGAAGUAAAUAGCAGCCUGAGACUGGAAGACAAGAGUUCUGCCAGGGCAACGUGUAAUUAAGUUCAUGGGCCUGAGCUGUCUGGACCACAGGGGCGGUUCCUACAGGCUGGGGCAAGCCAGGGAGGCUGCCUGGAGGAGGUGGCUUAGCAUAGGCCAAGGCAGGCAGGCAGAGAGGACUGGGAUGUUCCCGGGCAGGGCAGGGGAGGAGGCAGUAAUCAUAAUGACAAUCAUAGUAACAGUUUCCUUAAAUUGAAUGUCAGGCAAAAUGCUUGUUAAUGCUAAUCAGGUUGUGUGCGUGAUCUCUUUGGACUCCCAUAAGCACCUUGAGAAACAGGAAUUCUGCCCAUUUUUUCGGAUGAGAAAACCGAGGCCCCAUCACAUGAAGUGACUUGCCCACGGCCACACAGCUGGAUCAUUCUGGCUGCCGUGUUGACCGGAGACCGUGGAGGGUGAGGGCAGAAGCCGGGAGACUCGGAGGAGGCAACCGCACUAGUGUAGGUCUCCUGAGUGUGCCCCCUGCUUCUCACCGCUCAUGCCGCUGGGACUGGGGCGGCGGAAAAAGGCGCCGCCUCUGGUGGAGAAUGAGGAGGCCGAGCCAGGCCGUGGGGGGCUGGGCGUGGGGGAGCCGGGGCCCCCGGGGGGGGGGGGGGGCGGGGGGGGCCCCAAAUGGGGUUGCCCCCCCCUCCCCCGGCCCUGCGGCCCCGCCUCGUGUUCCACACCCAGCUGGCCCACGGCAGUCCCACUGGCCGCAUCGAGGGUUUCACCAACGUCAAGGAGCUGUAUGGCAAGAUCGCCGAGGCCUUCCGGCUGCCGGCUGCCGAGGUGAUGUUCUGUACCCUCAACACCCACAAAGUGGACAUGGACAACUCUUGGGGGGCCAGAUCGGGCUGGAGGACUUCAUCUUCGCCCACAUCAAGGGGCAGCGCAAGGAGGUAGAGGUGUUCAAGUCCGAGGAGGCGCUGGGACUCACCAUUACCGACAAUGGGGCCGGCUAUGCCUUCAUCAAGCGCAUUAAGGAGGGAAGUGUGAUCGACCACAUCCAGCUCAUCAGCGUGGGGGACAUGAUUGAGGCCAUCAACGGGCAGAGCCUGCUGGGCUGCCGCCACUACGAGGUGGCCCGUCUGCUCAUGGAGUUACCCCGAGGCCGCACCUUCACGCUGAAGCUCACAGAGCCCCGCAAAGCUUUUGACAUGAUCAGCGUACGCUCAGGGGGUGGCCGCCCUGGCUCUGGCCCCCAGCUGGGCACUGGCCGAGGGACCCUCCGGCUCAGAUCCCGCGGCCCCGCCACAGUAGAGGAUGUGCCCUCAGCCUUUGAGGAGAAGGCCAUUGAGAAGUAGAUACCUUCUGAGAGUUACAUGGGCAUCCGGACGGAUUGGCGGCCACCAUGGUGAGCUCGGAAAGGACAAAGAACCCGGAUGGAGCUGGCGGGCCCUGGACGAACGCUUGGUGACUUUUGCCUUCCCUGAUGAUUUGUCUUUGACGUCUGGGGUGCCAUUGGGGAUCCAAGGUCGGCCGCUUCUAGGCCUCCCUCCAGACCUCUCAGUGACCUGGCUCCGCUU